UGACGCGACGUGGCCCCGCCCCGCGCUGGACCGCGGAGGUAGCCUCACCUGAGAGCUCUGAAGGUGACCGGGGAUUCCCGUGCCCCCUCCCCAUCUUCGCGCUUCCUGCACCGGCCAGCGCCCCAGACCAUGGCAGCAGUGACCAUGACCGUGCCCGGGCGGAAGGCGCCCCUCAGGCCGGGCCCGGUGCCCGAGGCGGCCCAGCCGGUGCCGUCGGAGCUGCACGGGUUCGAGGCGGCGGCGCUGCGCGACGAGGGCGAGGAGGAGGCGGAGGUGGAGCUGGCGGAGAGCGGGCGGCGGCUGCGGCUGCCGCGGGACCAGAUCCAGCGCAUGAACCCGCCCAAGUUCAGCAAGGCCGAGGACAUGGCCGAGCUGACCUGCCUGAACGAGGCCUCGGUGCUGCACAACCUCCGCGAGCGCUACUACUCCGGCCUCAUCUACACCUACUCUGGCCUCUUCUGUGUGGUCAUCAACCCCUACAAGCAGCUGCCCAUCUACACGGAGGCGAUUGUGGAGAUGUACCGGGGCAAGAAGCGCCACGAAGUGCCGCCCCACGUGUACGCCGUGACCGAGGGCGCCUACAGGAGCAUGCUCCAGGAUCGUGAGGAUCAGUCCAUCCUCUGCACCGGGGAGUCGGGAGCAGGGAAGACAGAAAACACCAAGAAGGUCAUUCAGUAUCUCGCCCAUGUGGCAUCAUCACCGAAGGGCAGGAAGGAACCGGGCGUACCCGCCUCCACCAGCACCAUGUCUUAUGGUGAGCUGGAGCGGCAGCUUCUUCAGGCUAACCCCAUCCUGGAGGCCUUCGGCAAUGCCAAGACGGUUAAGAAUGACAACUCCUCCCGAUUUGGCAAGUUCAUCCGCAUCAACUUUGACGUCGCCGGGUACAUCGUGGGCGCCAACAUCGAGACCUACCUGCUGGAGAAGUCUCGGGCCAUCCGCCAGGCCAAGGACGAGUGCAGCUUCCACAUCUUCUACCAGCUGCUGGACGGCGCGGGCGAGCAGCUCAAGGCCGACCUGCUCCUGGAGCCCUGCUCCCACUACCGCUUCCUCACCAAUGGGCCGGCGUCCUCUCCGGGCCAGGAGCGGGAGCUCUUCCAGGAGACCCUGGAGUCCCUGCGGGUCCUGGGGUUCACCCACGAGGAAAUCACCUCCAUGCUGCGGAUGGUCUCGGCGGUUCUCCAGUUUGGCAACAUCGUCCUGAAGCGAGAACGAAACACCGAUCAGGCCUCCAUGCCUGACAACACAGCUGCCCAGAAGCUCUGCCGCCUGCUGGGACUGGGGGUGACGGAUUUCUCCCGUGCCCUGCUCACCCCGCGCAUCAAAGUUGGCCGAGACUAUGUGCAGAAAGCGCAGACCAAGGAGCAGGCUGACUUCGCUCUGGAGGCCUUGGCCAAGGCCACCUAUGAGCGCCUCUUCCGCUGGCUGGUCCUGCGCCUCAACCGAGCCCUGGACCGCAGCCCCCGCCAGGGCGCCUCCUUCCUGGGCAUCUUGGACAUCGCCGGCUUCGAGAUCUUCCAGCUGAACUCCUUCGAGCAGCUGUGCAUCAACUACACCAACGAGAAGCUGCAGCAGCUCUUCAACCACACCAUGUUCGUGCUGGAGCAGGAGGAGUACCAGCGCGAGGGCAUCCCCUGGACCUUCCUGGACUUCGGCCUCGACCUGCAGCCCUGCAUCGACCUCAUCGAGCGGCCGGCCAACCCCCCUGGACUCCUGGCCCUGCUGGACGAGGAGUGCUGGUUCCCGAAGGCCACGGACAAGUCCUUUGUGGAGAAGGUGGCCCAGGAACAGGGUGGCCACCCCAAGUUCCAGCGGCCGAGGAACCUGCGGGACCAGGCCGACUUCAGCGUCUUGCACUAUGCGGGCAAGGUCGACUACAAGGCCAAUGAGUGGCUCAUGAAAAACAUGGAUCCUCUGAAUGACAGCGUCGCAGCCCUGCUGCACCAGAGCACAGAUCGGCUGACAGCAGAGAUCUGGAAAGAUGAACAGGGGGGCUUCCAGCAAUUCUCUUUCCUUGGCUCCUUCCCACCAUCACCCCCAGGAUCUUCAGGGAGGCUCAGCUCUGCCACUUCUCCGCCAGGGGUGGAGGGCAUCGUGGGGCUGGAGCAGGUGAGCAGCCUCGGGGAUGGCCCACCAGGUGGCCGCCCCCGCCGGGGUAUGUUCCGGACAGUGGGACAGCUCUACAAGGAGUCCCUGAGCCGCCUGAUGGCCACACUCAGCAACACCAACCCCAGCUUUGUCCGCUGUAUCGUCCCCAACCAUGAGAAGAGGGCCGGGAAGCUGGAGCCCAAGCUGGUGCUGGACCAGCUGCGCUGCAACGGCGUCCUCGAGGGCAUCCGCAUCUGUCGCCAGGGCUUCCCUAACCGCAUCCUGUUCCAAGAGUUCCGGCAGCGGUAUGAGAUCCUGACCCCCAAUGCCAUCCCCAAGGGCUUCAUGGAUGGGAAGCAGGCCUGUGAGAAGAUGAUCCAGGCCCUAGAACUGGAUCCCAACCUCUACCGCGUGGGACAGAGUAAGAUUUUCUUCCGGGCCGGGGUCCUGGCCCAGCUGGAAGAGGAGCGGGACCUGAAGGUGACAGACAUCAUCGUGUCCUUCCAGGCAGCUGCCCGGGGAUACCUGGCUCGCAGGGCCUUCCAGAAGCGGCAGCAGCAGCAGAGCGCGCUGAGGGUGAUGCAGCGGAACUGUGCGGCCUACCUCAAGCUCAGACACUGGCAGUGGUGGCGGCUCUUCACCAAGGUGAAGCCGCUGCUGCAGGUGACGCGGCAGGACGAGGUGCUACAGGCCCGGGCUCAGGAGCUGCAGAAAGUGCAGGAGCUCCAGCAGCAGAGUGCCCGCGAGGUGGGCGAGCUCCAGAGCCGCUUGGCACAGGUGGAAGAGGAGCGCACCCGCCUGGCAGAGCAGCUUCGAGCAGAGGCUGAGCUGUGUGCUGAGGCCGAGGAGACCCGGGAGCGGCUGGCGGCCCGUAAGCAGGAGCUGGAGCUGGUGGUGUCGGAGCUGGAGGCCCGCGUGGGGGAGGAGGAGGAGUGCAGCCGCCAGCUGCAAAAUGAGAAGAAGAGGCUGCAGCAACAUAUACAGGAGCUGGAGACCCACCUCGAGGCCGAGGAGGGGGCCCGGCAGAAGCUGCAGCUGGAGAAGGUGACGACGGAGGCAAAGCUGAAGAAGUUCGAGGAGGACUUGCUGCUCCUGGAGGACCAGAACGCCAAGCUCAGCAAGGAGCGGCGGCUGCUGGAGGAGCGGCUGGCGGAGUCCUCGGCGCAGGCGGCGGCCGAGGAGGAGAAGCUCAAGAGCCUGAGCAAGCUGCGUCUGCGGUACGAGGCGGCCAUCGCUGACCUGGAGGACCGCCUACGGAAGGAGGAGAAGGGCCGCCAGGAGCUGGAGAAGCUGAAGCGGCGGCUGGACGGCGAGAGCUCGGAGCUGCAGGAGCAGAUGGUGGAGCAGCAGCAGCGGGUGGAGGAGCUGCGGGCCCAGCUGGGCCGCAAGGAAGAGGAGCUGCAGGCCGCCUUGCUGAGGGUGGAGGAGGAGGGUGGCGCCCGGGCCCAGCUGCUCAAAUCCCUGCGGGAGGCACAAGCUGGACUGUCUGAGGCCCAGGAAGACCUGGAGGCUGAGCGCGCGGCCAGGGCCAAGGCCGAGAAGCAGCGGCGGGACUUGGGCGAGGAGCUGGAGGCCCUGCGGGGCGAGCUGGAGGACACACUGGACUCCACCAAUGCGCAGCAGGAGCUCCGGUCCAAGAGGGAACAGGAGGUGACGGAGCUGAAGAAGGCUCUGGAGGAGGAGACCCGUGUUCACGAGCUGGCUGUGCAGGAGCUGAGGCAGCGCCAUGGCCAGGCUCUGGGAGAGCUGGCGGAACAGCUGGAGCAGGCCCGGAGGGGCAAAGGUGUGUGGGAGAAGACCCGUUUGGCUCUGGAGACUGAGGUGUCCGAGCUACGCGCGGAGCUGAGCAACCUGCAGGCCACACGUCAGGAGGGCGAGCAGCGGAGGCGCCGCCUGGAGUCACAGCUCCAGGAGGUGCAGGGCCGGGCCGGAGAUGGGGAGCGGGCACGAGCUGAGGCUGCCGAGAAGCUGCAGCGAGCCCAGGCUGAACUCGAGAAUGUGUCUGGGGCACUGAGUGAGGCCGAGUCCAGAGCCAUCAGGCUGAGCAAGGAGCUGAGCAGCACGGAGGCCCAGCUGCAUGACGCCCAGGAGCUGCUGCAGGAGGAAACCAGGACGAAGCUGGCCUUGGGGUCCCGGGCGCGAGCCUUGGAGGCGGAGGUGGCGGGGCUGCGGGAGCAGUUGGAGGAGGAGGCGGCCGCCAGGGAGCGGGCAGGCCGUGAGCUGCAGACCGCCCAGGUGCAGCUCUCAGAGUGGCGGAGGCGCCAGGAGGAGGAGGCUGGAGCACUGGAGGCAGGGGAGGAAGCUCGUCGCCGGGCAGCCCGCGAGGCUGAGGUCCUGAUGCAGCGCCUGACAGAAAAGACGGAAGUGGUGGAGCGGCUGGAGAGGGGCCGCCGGCGGCUGCAGCAGGAGCUGGACGAUGCUACCAUGGACCUGGAGCAACAGCGGCAGCUCGUGAGCACACUGGAGAAGAAGCAGCGCAAAUUCGACCAGCUCCUGGCAGAGGAGAAGGCAGCUGUGCUGCGGGCAGUGGAGGAACGUGAGCGGGUUGAGGCCGAGGGCCGGGAGCGCGAGGCUCGGGCCCUGUCACUGACCCGGGCGCUGGAGGAGGAGCAAGAGGCCCGUGAGGAGCUGGAGCGGCAGAACCGCGCCCUGCGGGCAGAGCUGGAGGCGCUGCUGAGCAGCAAGGAUGAUGUCGGCAAGAGCGUACAUGAGCUGGAGCGAGCCCGCCGGGUGGCAGAACAGGCAGCCAAUGACCUGCGGACUCAGGUGACAGAGCUGGAGGAUGAGCUGACAUCAGCCGAGGAUGCCAAGCUGCGCCUGGAAGUGACCGUGCAGGCCCUCAAGGCACAGCACGAGCGAGACCUGCAGGGCCGAGAUGAGGCUGGGGAGGAGAGGCGGCGGCAGCUGGCCAAGCAGCUGCGGGAUGCAGAGUUGGAGCGAGACGAGGAGCGCAAACAGCGCGCCCUGGCGGUGGCCGCCCGCAAGAAGCUGGAGGCGGAGCUGGAGGAGCUGAAGGCUCAGACCUCGGCGGCGGGGCAGGGCAAGGAGGAGGCGGUGAAGCAGCUUCGCAAGAUGCAGGCCCAGAUGAAGGAGCUGUGGCGGGAGGUGGAGGAGUCACGCACCUCCCGGGAGGAGAUCUUUGCCCAGAACCGGGAGAGUGACAAGCGCCUCAAAGGGCUUGAGGCAGAGGUGCUGCGGCUGCAGGAGGAGCUGGCCGCUUCAGACCGCGCCCGGCGGCAGGCCCAGCAGGAACGGGACGAGAUGGCCGAUGAGGUGGCCAACGGCAGCCUGAGCAAGGCAGCCAUCCUGGACGAGAAGCGCCAGCUGGAGGGGCGCCUGGGCCAGAUGGAAGAGGAGCUGGAGGAGGAGCAGAGCAACGCGGAGCUGCUCGGCGACCGCUACCGCAAGCUGCUCCUGCAGGUGGAAUCACUGACCACAGAGUUGUCAGCUGAGCGCAGUUUCUCAGCCAAGGCAGAGAGUGGCCGGCAGCAACUGGAGCGGCAGAUCCAAGAGCUCCGGGGGCGCCUGGGCGAGGAGGACGCUGGGGCCCGGGCCCGCCAGAAGAUGACCAUUGCUGCCCUUGAGUCGAAGCUGGCCCAGGCUGAGGAGCAGCUGGAGCAGGAGAGCAGGGAGCGCAUCCUCUCUGGCAAGCUGGUGCGCAGAGCUGAGAAGCGGCUUAAAGAGGUGGUGCUCCAGGUGGAGGAGGAGCGGAGGGUGGCCGACCAGCUCAGGGACCAGCUGGAAAAGGGGAACCUUCGAGUGAAGCAGCUGAAGCGACAGCUAGAGGAGGCUGAGGAAGAGGCAUCUAGGGCUCAGGCAGGUCGUCGAAGGCUGCAGCGGGAGCUGGAGGAUGUCACAGAGUCUGCUGAGUCCAUGAACCGCGAAGUGACCACAUUGAGGAACCGGCUCCGACGAGGACCCCUCACCUUCACCACCCGCACCGUGCGCCAGGUGUUCCGACUGGAGGAGGGUGUGGCAUCAGACGAGGAGGCCGAGGAGGCCGAGCCUGGAUCUGGACAGCAGCCCCUGGAGCCUGACGGGUCCCCAGAAGCACAGCCCCAGUGA